AUGAUGAUCCAAAAACGUCUUUUCCUGACGCUACUCGUCUUGGUUUGCUGUUUAACCCCAUCAUGGUCAAAGAAGGACUACAAUGCACCCCACGGCCACCAAGGCUUGUUGAAGUCUUACGAGCCAGGUCCUUUUGACCUUGUUUUGAACAAGAAGGAGUUGGACACACUCGGUUCCGGGAAGCCAGUUAUGAAGCAGCCACCUCCAAAAGAGGGGGAACUUGGUGGUGGUGCCAUUUGCGUUCAGGAUGUCGAUGCCCCCAAGGAGGCAGUGUGGGCACAAAUCUUGGAUUUGGACAGCUACAAGAGCAAGGUGCCGAAGUUGAACGAAUGUAAGAACUACUUUGUGAACAAGAUGAAAGAUGGAACCUUUUCGAUCAAGACCAAGAUGGUUGUUGGAAUUAUUCCUGGAUACUCUUAUACUUCCUUUUAUGAUCAUAAGUACAGUCCGGAGAAAGACUCUGUCACUUGGAGACUAGAUUAUGACAAGACAAGUGAUUUCGAUGAUGUUUCCGGACAUUGGCAUUUGGAAGAUCACCCAGACAAGCCUGACUGCACACGAGUCUUCUAUGCUUGUGAUGUAAUGUUAAAGGGUGCUGUACCCAAGCCUAUUGCCAACUAUUUGAGCAAAUCGGCGCUCAAGACCGCCACUGGGUGGGUCAAGAAGGAAAGUGAGAAGAACCCCACGGGCAAGGUGCCAAAAAUCUUCGAGUCCUCAGCUGCUUUCGCGAAGAAGUAA